CGCGAGGCAUUCUGAGGCGAUGGCGCGCGGCGGUAGGAGUGUGGCGCGGCCCGCGGCGGCACCGGCACCGGCCAGCCCGGCCCCAGCCGCCCCGGUGCCGGCGGCGCAGCCGGCGCAGCCCGGGCUGAUGGCGCAGAUGGCCAGCACGGCGGCCGGCGUGGCCGUGGGGUCCGCCGUGGGGCACGUCGUGGGCAGCGCCCUCACCGGAGCCUUCAGCGGCUCCUCCGAGCCCACCAAGGCGGCCCCGGCGCAGGAGCCUCGCCAGCAGCCUGUGUACCAGCAGCAGUCGCCCUAUGGGCCCUGCCACUACGAGAUGAAGCAGUUCCUGGAGUGUGCUACUAACCAGAGAGACCUGACCUUGUGUGAGGGCUUCAACGAGGCGUUGAAGCAGUGCAAAUAUAGUAAUGGUGUUUCCUCUCUCCUGUGAGGAAUCUGCACACUUGUAGGGAGAAGAAGAGCCUGGUGUAGAGCCCUGAUGGCUGCAAGGAGUGGAAGGAAGGAUGGACAGGUGAUGAGCUGGAGGGAACAGGCUGACCAGAUCGGAGUCUUCUGGGGUAACUUACUUCUGGAGUAAUAGGGAAGUAAAGGAACGGUUGGAUUUGUGAUUCUGGAGUUCAGAUAGUGCUGUAUUUAUUAUGGAGAAAUAAAGAAGUUUAUUUGGAACUA